AUGGACGAGACGGGCCUGGAGGAGAGCCUGAGGAUGAGGUUUAUGGGCCUGGAGGUGGAAAACGUGAAAAAGUUCUACAGCAAUUUGAAGUCCUAUAAUUCUAAACUAAAAGCAAUUAAAGAGGAGUUUAUCACACAGAUGAUUAAUAAAUUCCCAAUAAAAGAAGAGUCCCGGUUGGAAAUAAGGAGGGUUAAUUUCGGAGCGGAUCUAACCGAGGAUUAUCGGGUCAUCACGCCAAAUCAGCAUCCGUACAUUCCCAAUCCAACGGCCCAGCAUGAGUUUUACUAUUCAAUUGGGCCUGAACAGACACGAGAUUGUCAUGCGUCCAAUAGUGGGCCUACUACGUGCGCGGAUUAUGUGGGCCCACUCGGAAUCGAUCUGAAUUUCCCUGCAGCUGAGGCUUUUGGGCUGGACUCACUGCAGCCAUUGGAUGGGGGUCAGGCCACAGCUGAUAGACGGGCUGGAUUUGCUGAGGCAAGGAGAAAGAGGAGAGGGCUAAUGAGGGCCAAGUCCGUGAAGAGCGGUAUU